CUGACACGGUUCGCCAAAAGCCAUCGGAACAGCUUUCAAAAGGAACGUCGGUAUACAAAGCAGCUUUCAUUUACAGCUAGGAACCGACGCAUAAGAGCAGUAUCACUUAGUCGAUUAUUUUAUCCAGUUCUCCCUUGCCCCCAGAGAUGUGUCGCUUGGAGAGCUAGGAGUGGAAAGCGAUACACACAAAGCCGGGAUGAGUGGGAGCUCGGCGGUGUCCGGCGCGGCGCCCUGUCGCUUUGCCCACUACUUUGUUAUAUGUGGGAUAGACACAGAAACUGGACUGGAACCGGACGAGUUAGCAGCUUUGUACCAAUGGCUAGAAGCAGACCGCCAGGGCAGGGAUCCAGAUACUGCAGCCACAGGUGAAAACUUUGACCAAAGUCCCCUGAAGAGGACAUUCAAGUCCAAAGUUCUGGCACGUUACCCUGAGAAUGUGGAGUGGAACCCCUUUGACCAGGAUGCUGUCAACAUGCUGUGUAUGCCUAAAGGGCUGUCAUUUCGGACGCAGGCAGACCAGCGUGAUCCACAGUUUCACUCCUUCAUCAUCACCAAGGAGGAUGGCUCUCGAACUUAUGGCUUUGUCCACACCUUCUAUGAGGAGGUAACCAGCCCACAGAUCUGCUCUGCCAUGCAGACCCUCUACCAGAUGCACAAUGCAGAGCAUGCCUCUGCCAACCCCCCUUCUUCUUCUUCCUCCUCCUCCUCAAGCAUGGACUCUCUGGCCAGCAGUUUGGACGAGGCCGACUCCCCCACUUCCUCAUCAGCCUCAUCUUCAUCUCGCGCAGCAGGCGGCUAUGACUCAUCACAAGACACCCUCUACGUGUCCAAAGCUUUGUGUCUGAUCACCCCCAUGCCGUUUAUGCACGCCUGCCGCCACUUCCUGUCACAGCUUCACAGGGCUGUUACAGCAGUCACUGCCCCCCCACUGCCGCUAGAGAGCUACGUUCACAACAUCCUGUAUGAGGUACCGCUGCCCGCCCCUGGCCGCACGCUCAAGUUCCACGGUGUAUAUGCGCCCAUUGUUUGCCAGCGGCCCGGGCUGGGAGAGCUGCCGCUGGCUGACUUUCCCCUCGCAGAGGCCUUCAGUUUGUUGGGAGUGGAAAACCUGGUCCAGGUGUUCACCUGCACCCUGCUGGAGAUGCAGAUCCUCCUGUACUCACAGGACUACCAGCGACUGAUGACAGUGGCAGAGGGCAUCACCACCCUGCUGUUUCCCUUUCAAUGGCAGCAUGUCUAUGUUCCUAUCCUGCCAGCCUCCCUCCUCCACUUCCUGGAUGCUCCUGUUCCCUACCUCAUGGGCCUGCAAUCAAAGGAGGGUACUGACCGCUCCAAACUAGAGCUUCCUCAGGAGGCCAACCUGUGUUUUGUGGACAUCGACAACCACUACAUCGAACUUCCAGAGGACUUUCCCCAGUUUCCCAACAAGACCGAGUUCAUCAAGGAGCUCAGCGAGGUACUGCUGAGCUUUGGCAUUACUGCCAACACAGGAGCCCCACCACGGACCCGCAGCAGUCCCGGCAGCAGCCCCUCUACACCGAGUAGGGAGCGUAAGACUGUUGCCCUCCAGCAGCUAGAGGACGAUGGGCGUAAUGGCAACCUGGCAGGGGAGGAGCUUGCUGUGCUGGAGCUGCUGCAGGGAAAUGCCACCCUAGAGAGACUGCAGGCGCUGACCAAACGCACCGGGGUCACAGUGGCCCGUGUCGACGCCCUGAGGGCUGGAGUCAAACCUCAGGCAACUGAAAGACAAGGGGGCCGGACAGCAGCUGAAGAAGAGGAGUUAAGGAAUGCCAAGCUUAAUGUCCAGCUGAGAGAGGUGUUCGCCAGCCGCUUCACCACCAUGUUUGCUGACUAUGAGGCCUUUGUCAUCCAGAGUGCCCCAGACUUGGAGUCCUGGCUAACCAACAGGGAGCAGAUGCACAACUUUGACAAGGCCUCGUUCCUGUCAGACCAGCCAGAACCCUACCUGCCCUUCCUCUCCCACUUCAUUGAGACGCAGAUGUUCGCCACCUUCAUUGAUAACAAGAUCAUGUCUCAGUGGGAGGAGAAGGAGCCACUGCUCCAUGUGUUUGACACCCGCAUCGACAAGGCCCGCCUCUACAACGUCCGCGCUCCCAGCCUACGGUCCUCCAGCUACCAGAGAUGCUCCAUCCUUAGGGAGUCUGCUCAGGCCAUUGAGCAGAGGCUGAUGAAGAUUGACCACACAGCCAUCCACCCACACCUCCUGGACAUGAAGAUCGGUCAGGGAAAAUACGAGCAGGGAUUCUUCCCCAAACUGCAGGUCGACGUGCUCAACACGGGGCCAACUAAUAACAACAGGUGGUCUCAUAGGACAGCGACAGCUCAGCGAAGGAAAGACCGCCACAGACAACAAACAGAGCAUCUGAACCUUGAUAAUGGCCUUAAAGAGCAGGUGGAGGGCUGUUUGGUCUUGCAGAACUCCAUGGCAUUUUGGGAGUGGGACAAUGCGUCCCCUCCGCCUAUCAAACCACCUAAAAAAUCCGCCUCUACAUCCUGCCUGAAGUACAUGCAGGAGGCCCGCAGCCUGGGGAAGAACCUGCGACAGCCCAAAUUGUCUGAUCUAUCUCCUGCCGUCAUCGCCCAGACCAACUGGAAGUUUGUGGAGGGGCUGCUCAAGGAGUGUCGUAUCAAGACCAAGCGUAUGCUGGUGGAGAAGAUGGGCCGGGAGGCGGUGGAGCUGGGCCAUGGUGAGGCCAACAUCACCGGACUGGAGGAGAACACUCUAAUCGCCAGCCUGUGUGAUCUGCUGGAGAGGAUCUGGAGCCACGGGCUUCAGGUCAAACAGGGGAAGUCGGCCCUUUGGUCCCACCUGCUGCACUACCAGGCCCGAGAGGAAAAGCUGGACCAGCAGCAGACUGAGUCACCAUUGUUGCAUGUUCCUGAGAGGAGGAAGUCUGAUUGUUCCAUAUCAAUGCCAUCUCUGCGUGUGUCUCUUAUACAGGAUAUGAGGCAUAUCCAGAGUAUGUCAGAGAUUAAGACAGAUGUGGGCCGAGCUAGAGCCUGGAUCCGACUGUCCCUGGAAAAGAAGCUGCUUUCUCAGCACCUCAAACAGCUGCUGUCCCGACAAGCCUUAACCAAGAAUCUGUACAAGCGUUAUGCCUUCCUGCGCUGUGAAGAGGAGAAGGAGCAGUUCCUCUUCCACCUGCUAUCUCUCAACGCUGUCGACUACUUCUGCUUCACCAGCGUCUUCACCACGAUCAUGAUCCCGUAUCGAGUCGUGAUCAUCCCCAUCAAGAAGCUGAGCAAUGCCAUGACCACCUCCAACCCCUGGGUGUGUGUGUCAGGAGAGCUGGGAGACUCAGGUAUCAUGCAGAUCCCCAAGAAUGUCCUGGAGAUGACCUUUGAUUGUCAGAACUUGGGGAAGCUGACCACAGUGCAGCUGGGUCAUGAUAACGCUGGUCUCCUGGCUAAAUGGCUGGUGGACUGUGUCAUGGUACGCAAUGAGAUCACAGGACACACAUACAGGUUCCCAUGUGGUAGAUGGCUUGGUAAGGGUGUGGGUGAUGGCAGCCUGGAGAGGGUUUUGAUCGGUGAGCUAGUGGUGCCCAGUGGAGAGGAGGAUUCUGGGAGAGGCUGCCGUACACCCCCACCGCAGCGUUCACCAUCCCAGACCAGACGGAUCAGCAUCACAUCACUGUCUGGACGAGUAUACAAACCAACUUCAGCCCAAAUCCAAGAGGCUAUCGGGGAGGCAGUGAACAACAUCGUCAAACACUUCCACAAGCCAGAGAAAGAGAGGGGCAGCCUGACGGUGCUGUUGUGUGGAGAGAACAGCUUGGUGGCCGCUCUAGAACAGUUUUUCCAUCACGGCUUCAAGUCUUCCCGACUCUUCCAGAAGACUAUGUUUGUGUGGGACUUUGUGGAGAGGGCUGUUGCCUACAUGGAGUCAGCUGACCAGAUGGGAGACCUUCAGGAGACUGCAGAGCCCCUGGGGAUGACCUGUCAAUCACUCUGUCACUACAUCAACUCGAUCAACUCCACUCCCAGGAACAUCGGCAAGGAUGGGAAAUUCCAGCUGCUGGUCUGUCUCGGAGCUAGAGACCGCCUGCUGCCCCAGUGGCUUCCCCUGCUGGUGGAGUGCCCAGUGAUCCUGCGGAUGUAUGAGGAUACGGCCCUGCUCAGAGACCGCACCACUGUCAACGCCCUCAUCGGAGUCCUGGAGACACUUCACGACUUCCCCAUUACACUGGAAUCCUCGCUGGUCAAAGGCAUUGACCUUUAGCCCCAGGAGGGGACAACCUGGCAGCCACCCAUUUUCCUCUUUUAGCCAAUGGGCUCUGCAAUUAGAUUACCAGGGAAGGAGGAAAUGAGGGACAGUUGAGGGACAUUAAAAUUAAAGAGACAUUUAGUUUCCAAAGCAAAAUGUUCCACUGUUUCAUGUGAGAAUUCAGGGCUAUGGAUCAGCCAUAAACUUGGAUGUGGUAUUAUAACCCCAUCUGUGGCUAUUUAAUUCCCUACUCUAGACUCUUUUUAAUAAAUGACAACCACUGCUUUAUCAUGUUUUCCUUCAUUAACAACAAAUCCCAAAUACUUUACAUUACUGUGUACAAUUUUUCUAAACAUACCAUCAGUUUUCAGAUUGACUUCCUACCUAGCAGGUAGCCUUUACUUUCAGUUCAGUUCAGUACACUAUGAAAAUCACAUUACUGUUUGAUUUCCCUACCCUGUCUGUGGCUCUCAGCUCCAAGCCCAUUGGUUCCUACUGAAGAUAAAUCUUUAAAAACACCUCAUAAAUAUAUUGUUAAUUUAAAAAAAAAAAAAGGCUCAUUCAUUUUCUAAAACAACUGGUCUCUGUAGUAUUUAUCUAAACAAACAGGAAGAAAUUGUGAAUUUGUUUGGGACUAUUUUGAGCAUUGGAUGAAUCCACAUUGGUGGAUUAUAGCAGGACGCCUAUAUUGGAUUGAAUCAAAAUGAAUUAAUGUGUGUUUUCCAUGGUAAUGAAGGAACAUGUCACCCAGUGAAACAGUGUGGCUCAGUGAUGCGUUUUUAGUAGUUUUUUGACAACAAUGGAGUUCUAUGGCACAGGGAAAUAACAUAUAUCAGGCUUUGGAUACAGAAACAAUACUGGUUAGUAGGAGACAUUUUGGCACUUUCAUUUGACAAUAAGAAAAAAGACAUACUUUAAUUUACACAAACAAGAAAUAAUUUCAAAGCAGUCCAUUCUCUAAACCACAUUAACAUGUGAAACAACAACAAGCCAAUGAUCAGCUAAUGUUUUUGCAAGUUGAUUUUCAUAAUGUACUGGAAUGAACUGAAACAGUCUGGAAGGAAGGAAAUCAGUCUAAAAUUGCUGACAGUAAUACAUACUGAUAUGAAGAUAAAGGGAGUGAAAGAUUGCAAAACCACUGGCAUGGUUAAAAUAUUAGUAGCAGCAGCAGACCUUUUCCUGUCUGCUAGCUGUGUAACAUAGCUCUCCUCCAGUAGGCACAAAUAGAUGAACUGUAUGAUAAACUAUCAGUAUCUUCACACCGUAGUUUGCAUUAUUAUGCCCAUGCGAUGUGGAAAGAAGAGACAACCUCAGGAAGAGACCGAGCGAUCACUGACACAAUGAAACGAGGAUUAUAAAAACAAUUGUGAUGAUGAUGAUGAUGGAGUUCUGUUCUGGAACCUACUGACUGUGAUAAAGUGCAGUGCUGUGGAGUUGCCAGCUCUCCGUGCCUCUCUUUCUUUUAAUUCACUGGACUCGUGUUGGGCAUUUCCUCUGCUCCUGGCCUGUGGAUGAACACAAAAACUGAUCUCAGUGAUGUGGCUCAGAGUCAGGAGGUUAACCUGCGGCUGCAUGGACAGUCCUACCAAAGUACAGGUAUCAACCUGGCUGUUUUAAAUGUUCUAUCCAAGUGUGUGUGUGUGUGUGUGUGUGUGUGUGUGUGUGUGUGUGUGUGUGUGUGUGUGUGUGUGUGUGUGUGUGUGUGUGUGUGAGAUAUUCCAAGGAUGUGUGUGCUCUGGUGUGUGAUGCCCUCCAUUGAUUGUUAUAACUUCCAUCUUAAAAUUUUCAAAGUUAUCUACUGGUUUCUGUAGUGUACUACUAAAAAAUUGUGCCUGGGUGCGUGCAUGGGAGUGAUUCAUGUAUGCCUCACACAUUCAUUUAUAAUUUCACAUUGCCGUUAUUGUCAUUUCAAUACAGCUCAAUAAAAUAAUAUGAACUAAGUCUAAUUACUAACUUUUUCCAGAGAUUUCAGCUACAGCUAAUGAUCUUCACGAGGGGAUUGAUUUAUUAUUUUUUCUGUCAUCAAAUGACUUAAGUAAGGAACUUUGUGGAUGAAAGCUCUUGCAAAAGCUAGUAAAUGGACCUCGAUUUCAGAUAAUUUUGUAAAACUAUUAUUCCCAAGGUUAAGAAUGAACUUUUACUCUCAUAAGCAAAAAUGAUCCUUAUUUAAAUCAAUAUGCCUUGGUCUUUUUUUCUCAAACUCCAUGUCACAAUGGGACAUCAGCGUAAAGAAACGUUACUUUUAAAAGGUGUUAUGCUGAUACGAAAAAUUAUUUGUUGUACGUGACACAGAUUAUCAUCAUGGAUUUGUUUUAAUGAAAUAGUUCAACAUUUUGGGGAGUACACUCAUUCUCUGUCUUUUCAUGUCUUUGCAAUAAGUAUAGACCUUGCUCUGUCUGAAGAGAAAAAAUGUUCACUAACAUCAGUUUAUCUGUGGUACCAAACCUUGCAAUCUCGAUGUGGACAAUAAAACUCCAGGAAGCUGCAUACAUUCAAUGCACCUGGCUGUUGGUAGCUUAGUCUUGGUCCACAGCAUCACUUGCCCUAAACCACAAAUUGUCAUAUUUACAUUUUUGUUUAUGUAUGGGCUAAAAAAAGAUACCUUGAUACAUUGAUUUAAAACAAACAAAAAUAACAGCUUUAAAGUUGUUUGUAGGGUUAUUUCUGUUUUUUGGACAGAGCCAGCAAGCUGUUUCCUUGUUCCUUCAGUCUGUAUGCUAAGCUAGCCUAGCUACAUCCUUUACUCACAGACAUGAGAUUGAUACUGUUCUUUUCACCUCACUCUCUGAAAGAAAGCAAUAAAUAUUUCCCAAAAGAACAUUAGUUUGUUAAAGCUGCACAGUGAAAAAUUUCUAGUGCUUGUACAAGGAUAAGGAAACAGCAGAUGUCAGUGUCUUUUCCACCAUGGAAGUUCAAACUCACAUUGGCCAGGAAUGUUUAAGUUUUGGAAAAAAAAGAAUAGCUGUAAUGGUUUAUAAAGGACAUUUAUAGGAUAAAGCUAAUUCUUCUUUUUUUUUUUAAAGUUUUACUAAUUACCUUAAACUGUUGGGCACUUCACUCAAACAGGAGGAAACAGAAUUUGUAGAGAGUUUUUAAAGCAACGCAUUUAUACACAGUUGAUUUACUGAUGGGCAUUUGGACAAGUGGGCAUUUACUGCAUGAAAGGUUUUUUCUUUGUUUGUUUGUUAUGUUUUGUACUUUUUAGUAGGAUCAGUUAAUUGUUGGUUUUGGUCAUUAUAUGGGAUUUGUUGACAGUAAAAAUAUAUAAUAUUUUUAUUAAUAUAUUAUUGUUAUAAGAAAGCUGUUCAAACUGUUAAUUCCUAUAUUACAUGAAUACAACGUGACCUCCUCCAAAUAUAAAAGGAAGGAAUAGGGUCUUAUGUUUUAUUCCUUAUAUUAAAGACUUCAACCCCCAUCUCCUCCAAACACACAAAAACUGCAUAUUUUUUUCUGCGUUGGUAGCACCCAACAAAGAUGGUCGGAAACCUUCAGGCACCCUUGACCUAUUCAUUUUUCUUUAGACAAAUUUUUUAUUCUUUUGCUGCAUGAGAGAUUUUGCUACUUUUGCCACUUACCAUUGUCUAAAUGAAUCCUUUCUGAGAAGCUGUAAAUAUUGUCAUUAGUGCAUGUUCACAUUUUGACUGAGGUGUUUUUAUUGUGACUCACUAAUGAAUUCUAGAUGGAAGGUGAGUUUUGAGGGGACAAAAAGUGGUCAUCUUUGCAACCCCAGUUUCUUGUAGUAUUUUAACUGUUUCCCGUAUUGAGUCUGGGAAGGACAUGGUGUAUCAUAGUUUGCCUCACAUGUCUUGAUUUCAUGUAUUUAUUAAUUUAAUAUUAAUCUGUAGUAGGCUGAGAGCAACACUGGUAAUUUUAAAUUUGUGGAAUAACUGGAAACAUUUACGUCUUUAAUGCAGUAACCACUUUUUCCACUUCAUGUGUUUUUACCGCGGUUUAACCCUCUGUACUCCUGCUCCUGUACUCUUGAUGCCUCACCGGCGGAACUAUCCACAGCUCCAAAGUACAAUAACUGGAUUUGUUUGUGUACAAACUGUUUGCUGAGGACAUGCAAUUUGGACCAUUGAGAUUCCCUCCUAGACUACCACACAAUUUGCUUACUGGGUGGAUUUGUUACGUUAACAUGUAGUGUGAUGAGUGGUAUUAACCCCGAGUGGAUCUGCUCAAACAGGAAAUGCUACUGAUAGCCAUGACUGUGGUGGUUGUGUGUCCUGCUCAUGGCAACAGUGUCACCAGACAAAUAGACUUUCAUGUCUGGUUUGGACUGACCACUCUGUUCUGAUAUUUAUUAUGCCUAUUUCAAU